GUUGGGCAGAGAAUAAGGAGCUAACGUUGGCGUCUAACUGUAAACAGCGUCAUCGUAACCUCCUCGUCCGGACAGAGUCGCUGAGCCUCCGGCGGAGGACCAGAGGGGGAGGAGCCUCCGCGCGAGCCUCCCGCGGGCGCGUGAAGUGAUGCGGCCGCCGGCUGGCGGUCAGAGGGUGAAGGAGGUCUGCGGAGGAACCGGCUGCGCCCGACCAGGAGUCUCACGAGGACGCCGAGCAAGGAGGUCGCUCGUCCGGUCAGACGCGACACAAACCGCCGUGUCCGCGGGUUUUGCUGCUGUGGAACAGGAGCGGUGGAGCCGCUGGUCCACACCACGGCCACCAUGCACCGAAUAACGGGCAAGUCCGGAGGGGAGACUCUGAUUGAGAUGAGCCCCACGCAGUCGCUGAGCGAUGAUGCGAAUGGUUUCCACCAGCAUGUCUCAUCCAGUGCAGGAUCCCUCCAACAGCCAGCGCCUCAUUUGAGCCCCGACGUGUUUGUGGAGACCUGUGAGUCUCUCAACACCAGCCUGGCCUCGCUGGCUCCCUCUGACCACAGUGACAGUCCACAGUUCGAAGCUCAGACCUUAGAGCGAAUCAGUGCUUUUACUGGGCUGUCGAGAAAGCGGGCUCUGUUCUUGAAGUUUCGUUCCAGGGUUGACAAACAACAGCAGAGUAAGGACUCUGUGUUCUUCCGUGAUGGAGUGCGUAGGGUUGAUUUUGUCCUGUCCUACGUUGAUGAUAAGGAUGGUGAGAGAAAACAGGAGAGGAGGAAGGUGUAUGAGGCCAAUCUAGUCAAAGUGGGUCUGGAGCUGGAGACUGAAGAUAAAACUGAGUCUGAGGAUGGAAGGACUUACUUUGUGAAGAUCCAUGCUCCAUGGGAGGUGUUGGCUACCUAUGCAGACGUAUUAAAGAUCAAGGUCCCAUUCAAGGUCAAUGACAUCCCAGAAAACCGUGAGAUGCCCAUGAACUGGCUGUCCACCCCUUUCCGCCUACCAACGCACAUCAUGGAGCCUGAACCAGACUUUUUUACAGCACCAUUCAACAAAAGCAAGUCUGACUUUUUCCUUAUCGACGACAAAGAGACGUUCUUCCCCCCUUCAACUCGCAACAGGAUUGUCUACUAUAUCCUGUCCCGCUGUUCCUACUUCAGGGAUGAAUGUGCAGAUAAAGACAAGAAGGGAAUCAAGAGGUUACUCAACAAUGGCACCUACACUGCUGCCUUUCCUUUGCAUGACUGUAGAUACUGGACGAGAUCGAAGGACCCUAAUUGCGAAAGUGAGAGAUACAAUCUCUACAAAUACUGGGCCAGAUUCUUCUGUUUCUUCAAGGAGCAACCCCUCGACCUUAUCAGGCAUUAUUAUGGAGAGAAAAUAGGGAUUUAUUUUGCAUGGCUGGGUUUCUACACCGAGAUGUUGCUGUUCGCCGCCAUAGUGGGAACAAUAUGUUUCGUCUAUGGAUUGCUCACCUAUGAUGACAAUGAGUGGAGUAAAGAAAUAUGCAAUGAGACCAUUGGAGGCAACAUAGUGAUGUGUCCACUGUGUGACAAAAAAUGCAGCUACUGGAAGCUCAACACAACCUGUAACUCCUCAUGGCAAUCACAUCUAUUUGACAAUGUGGCAACAGUGUUUUUUGCCAUAUUUAUGGGAAUAUGGGUGACACUGUUCCUGGAGUUUUGGAAGAGGCGCCAGGCCCGUCUGGAGUAUGAGUGGGAUCUGGUCGACUUUGAGGAGGAGCAACAGCAGCUCCAGCUUCGCCCAGAGUACGAGUCCAAGUGCACCAACCGCAAGAUGAACCGCAUAACUCAGGAACAAGAGUGGGUUCUUAACAGGACAGCCACAGAUGUAUUGGGGAAGUUGUUUCUGUGCUGGUCCACUGUGGUCCUCUGGAUCUCAUUGAUCAUUGCCUGCAUAAUUGGGGUGAUUGCGUACCGCCUGGCGGUAUACGCUGCCUUUGCCAGCAUCAUGAAGGACAGCCCCACCAACAAACUGCAGGUGGUUGGCCCCUAUAUCACGCCACAGCUGGCCACCUCUGUCACCGCCUCCUGCAUCAACUUUGUCAUCAUCAUGAUUCUCAACCUCAUGUAUGAGAGGGUGGCUGUUUGGAUCACUGAUAUGGAAAUUCCAAAGACCCACUUGGAGUAUGAGAACAAACUCACGGUGAAGAUGUUCCUCUUCCAGUUCGUCAACUAUUACUCUUCCUGCUUCUACGUGGCCUUCUUCAAGGGCAAGUUUGUCGGCUAUCCUGGAAAUUAUGCUUACAUGUUUGGCAAGUGGAGCAGUUUGAGGAAUGAGGAGUGCGACCCUGGUGGCUGUCUGAUCGAGUUGACCACCCAGUUGGUUAUAGUGAUGACUGGCAAACAGGUGUGGGGCAACAUACAAGAGGCUUUGGUCCCGUGGCUGAUGAACUGGUGGGGCAGCAGGAAGGCACGAAGCCACCCAGAGAGUCUCUACAGCCGCUGGGAACAGGACCAUGAUCUACAGGGCUUUGGCCAGCUGGGACUUUUCUACGAGUACCUGGAAAUGGUCAUACAGUUCGGUUUCAUCACACUGUUCGUUGCCUCCUUCCCUCUGGCACCGCUGUUGGCACUUGUUAACAACAUCAUUGAGGUUCGAGUGGAUGCCUGGAAGCUCACCACCCAGUUCAGACGUCCCGUGGCAGCCAAGGCUCACAGCAUUGGAGCCUGGGCAGAAAUCCUCAGCGGCAUAGCCAUACUCUCCGUUGUCACAAACGCGUUCAUUGUGGCCUUCACCUCUGAUAUGAUCCCUCGACUGGUGUACAUGUACGCCUACCAGCCAGUAGGGGUGAUGAAUAUGACGGGUUACAUAAACAGCAGCCUGUCAGUGUUUAACAUUUCUGACUUCAAGCCGGAGAAUAGACCUGAUGAGGAGGAGAACCCCUCCUGGUUCAACAGCUCCAUCUCUACCUGCAGGUAUCGUGAUUAUCGCAACCCUCCUGGCGAUGAGAAGCAGUACUCUCACACCAUGCAGUUCUGGCAUAUUUUGGCUGCCAAGCUGGCUUUCAUCAUUAUCAUGGAGCAUGUUGUGUUCUCAGUCAAGUUCUUUGUGGCCUGGAUGAUCCCCGACAUUCCCUCUGACGUGAGGGCUCGAGUGAAGAGAGAGCGCUACCUGGUUCAAGAGUAUCUCCACAACUAUGAGGUGGAGAAACUGAAGAUCCAGCUCAGCCAAAACAGCAACAAAGAGUGUACCUGCACCCCCAUGAUCUACCCAUCCAUACCCACACACGAGCAAGACUAUUUAAGUGCUGCAACCCAUAACCAAAGACUGGAGGCCUUAUUCACAAACUUUGCAUCAGUUCUGUCUGCCAGUAAGAAAAAUGAUUCUUAUUAUUAUGUUGGAUCUUGCCUUUUUUUGCUUUUUUGUUGCCUUUAUUCAAAGCUUUUUGUAAUGUUCCAGAAUCAUAGUGCAAGUUAAUACUCAAAUGUUAACAUUGUUGACAGGACUCAGAACUUGGCUGGACACAGUGAGCUGUUAUCAUGACGACCCAGUGGUCUUUCCAGAAACCAAAAACUGACAUGUGAAGAAGCAUUUUGUGAAGACAAAUCUGUGCCGCUUGUUGCCGUUGAGGAGCCACCGCAUCAACAGCCGGUGCUUGUUGAGUGUUGACUCCAAGGCCUGUUCCUGGAGAAGCUAAGUGAAAGGCUCUGAGAGUAGACUUCUCCUUUAAUGUGCUAGUGUUUGCCAACAUGCCGGAGCUAAUGAAAGCCUGCCCUCGUCUACUGAGCUAUGUUUGCUCCAUUAACACAAAGCACGUCAGCCAUCAGCCAGGUCUUGUGCUUCUGGUUUCCUCUGUUGUAUCUGUGUAAAGUAGGAAAGAUACACAUUCUUUUUUUUAUUUUGCACAAAGCACUUAAUGAAAUGCGACUACAAUCGCAUAAACAUGUGGGUCUAUUUGUGGUCAUGAUACUAAUCAGUGUUGUGAAGUAGUAAUGCUGUAUGUGACCAUCCUAGUUUAUUUAAAUGGAGCAGGAGUUGUACUUUAUUGAAGGAGCUUCCAAGUCAGGUUUUUACGUUGAGCUUAAAUCGUGUUUGAAACAAAGAUACACCUUUAUCAUGACACACUGAUGAAGCUGCCUACACAGAGUCCUGUGUAUCUGAAUUUUAUGUAAAAUAGCUGGCUGUAUUACACUCAGGCAACUAAAUUUGAUGUUUGUCAGAUUUUAUUCUGGACGAUUUUGAUCUUGCCUUUUCAAGCCUUGUGCUUCACUAAACUAAUGCCUUUUAAAGCCUUAUAUCACACAUACCAAUGUUUUCUUUUCUACUUUUUCCACAUAUAAUAGUAUUUUAUCUCUUUUGUUAGGAUUAGUAAUAUUACUGUUACUGUAUGUGAAAGAAUGAGAUGGUUUACUCUAUGCUUUUUAUGCUUUAAGUUACAAUUUCCUAUUUUUAUUCAUUUUCUGUACUAUUUGUUAUUUUCCCAUGAGGACAAUCCUCCAGAAUAAAAAACAGUUUAAGUUGAA